UACCAAGUGCCCUGCAAACUUCACUAAAUACCCAAACCCUCCUUCCCAUUCCACUCUCCCCUCUACACUACCUCCGGCAAUGGGGACCAAAUGAAGCCGGAUCUCCGGCGAGCCAAUUCCUCCCACAAAUACAUCCUCAAUGGAGCUCUCCUUAGCACGCGACACCGCCUCGUGGGGCGACCUCCUCUGCAAGGAAGACGCCGAUGAGCUCGACGGGCUGCCGGUGGGGUCUCCAGCCACCAGCGCGGUCUCAGAGUUUCCGAACGACUCCGAUGAGUCGAUUGCUGUGUUCGUGGAAGGGGAGGCGGAGUACUCGCCGGCGGUGGAUUAUCCGGCCAGGCUCCGGUCGAGGUCGAUCGAUCCCGCUGCUCGGGAGCUUGCUGUGGCUUGGAUUCUUCAGGUGCACGCGUACUACAACUUCCAGCCAUUGACGGCGUAUCUCGCCGUUAACUAUAUGGAUCGCUUCCUAUCCGCCCACCGUUUGCCGCAAUCAAAUGGAUGGCCGCUGCAGCUUUUGUCAGUGGCCUGCUUGUCUCUAGCUUCAAAAAUGGAGGAAACCAUUGUACCCUCUCUGAUUGACCUGCAGGUUGAGGGAGCUAAAUACAUAUUUGAGCCUCGGACAAUCUGCAAGAUGGAGCUGCUGGUUCUAACUGCACUGAAGUGGAGGCUGCGGUCUGUGACUCCAUUUAAUUACAUUGAUUUUUUUGCCAGCAAGGUAGAUCCAAGUGGGCUGUAUGCAACAGAUUUGGUUUCCAGUGCUGCACAGAUAAUUUUAUCUGCAAUAAAUGAUAUUGAUUUCUUGGACCAUUGUCCUUCAUCAAUAGCUGCAGCUAUCAUCAUGUGUGCAGUUGAUGAGGCUCCUGAUCUGGCUUUCAUUGACCCCAGACAAGCGGUCAAAUGGUGCAGUGGACUUACUAAGGAAGGCAUUACUGACUCCUACAGAUUCAUGCAGCAAGUUGUUAUAAAAGGAGCGAAGGGAAGAAGAUCUCCCUUCAUUCUUCCUCAUCCAGUGACGACUUUCAUUAAUUUCAGCUCUGAGACCACUUCAUCUUCUUGCUUCUCUUGCUCACCCAACAAAAGAAGAAAGCUAAGCAAAAAUUCCUUAUCUAAGAGAGAAGACAAGGAGACAAAACAUGAAGCUGAAUGAUGGAGAUGGAGAUGUUGGCAAGAAUAAAAUUUAAUAAUAAAAAAAAAAGCUUCAUUAUAGUUGCGGAUUCCUCAUUAUUUUUCUAGAGGAGUUUGAAGUAGAUUAGAAUAUAGUAUUUGUGGGAGGAGUUGAGUUUGGUGGAUGAUUGAUUUUAUUUCAUUUGUUUUAUUUUUAUGGCUUUAUUUCUCUAAGCUCUAUUAUUUGUGGUGUUUUGCUUAUAGCCAAUAAGUUUAUGUCAACAUGUACAUUUGAAUGAAUGGCUUCUAGAUUCCCAAAGGAGGGGGAUCUCACCAUUCCUAUGUGUUUGUUGGAAGUUGAGGGAGGAUUAAACAUGUAGGAGCAUUGAUGGCUGAAUGAAAGAUGAGUGAUGAUGGGUCUUAUUUAGGCCAUUGAGUGAAAAAGUGGCAAUCAAUUUGGGUUGGUAGAAGGCAGCUUCUGAAGUUUUUUUUAUGUCAUUUUGUCAAGCUUAUAAGUCCACAUUUUCCACUCAUUUAUUCAAAUAUUGUACUAUCAUUUCUUUUAUUUAUUCUUUUCUUUUUUCUAUUUUCUUCCUCCAGUUGUGUGGGGGCACAAUAGU